CAAAAGCCCCAACAUUUCGCACAUGGCGACCAUGGACCUCCCGGUCGCGGCUCCGUCGGCGAACGCGUCGAACGCGUCGAACGCGAAGCCGCGGCGCCGGAGAGUAUGGUUUCUGGUCAUAGGACUCAUGCUGUUUUUCUGGAUCCUUCCCACCAUGCGACGCUUCUGCUACCUGUCGCUGGUCUGGACCCCUGCCUUGCUCUGGCGGAGCCCUGGCACGGUGGUCUUCGGAUUGCAAUGGAGUGGCCCUGUUUUUAUCAAGCUUGGGCAGUGGCUCUCGACUCGUCGCGACAUCAUCCCAAGCGAUAUUUGCGACGCCAUGGGCGAACUGCACGAGCACGUGCCCGCCAGCGGCGCCAAGCGGGACGUGAGACAUGCAGUGACACAGAUCCCUCAACUAGAGUUAGGCUCCUUGAUGGGCGGCGGCUGCGUGGCGCAAGUCUACCACGGCAAGUUCCAGGGACAAGAAGUCGCCGUGAAGGUGCGACGGAGCGGAAUCAUGAAACGUCUGGAGAUGGAUCUGAAACUUUUACAUAAGGCCGCCUGGAUCAUCGAACACCUGAGACCGCAGUUGCGGUGGAUGGCACUCAAUGAAGCGCUGGAGAAUUUUGCUUUCUACAUGAAGCAGCAGGUGAACUUGUCGCAGGAAGCGGUCUACAUGAAGCGCUUCGAUGCAAACUUCAAAGCAAGAAAGAACAUCAUCGUGCCCCAGAUCUACGCCCAUACGGAGUCGGUCCUAGUGAUGGAGGUGGCCGCAGGGGAUUCGCUGUCCAACUUCAUCAAGCAAAAUCACAGCAAGGAGAAACGACUGGAAGUUCACGGGGUGUUGACCGACAUGAUGGCGAAGAUGGCGCUGCAGGACGGCUUUCUGCAUGGGGAUUUGCAUCCCGGGAACCUCUUCAUCCAACUACAGGGAGCGCAGCAGAAACCUUUGGUCACGUUGAUUGACACGGGAAUCAGCAUCCAGAUGACCAAGCAGUUAAGGGACUUCACCAAGGAGGCCAUGGGGGCGGCUUUUCGAAAGGAUGCCUUCAAGUUGGGUUCAGCCGUGGUGAGGUUGCACGAAAAGGAGAAUUUGACGAACUACGCCGAGAAUGUCGAGCAGCUGAAGGACGACAUGGGAAAUCUGUUGUUGGCUGGCUGCUUCAUGGUGGGUGAGGAGAUCUGGAGCAAACGCUUCGCCACCUUUGAGGACUACAACGGCACCAAGGUGAGUCAAUACUUCGAUUUCUUGAUGUCCGACUUGAGCUCGCAUAAGAUUCGGGUGGCACCGGACUUAUGGUCCAUCAUGACAGCCUUCGCAUUGAUCGAAGGUAGCAUCAGCGAGUUGGGUUUCGGGGUGAAUGUCCUGGGAUCUUGCGUUCCGUAUCUCAUGAACCACUUCAAUCCACUGGAUUGGAUUCGCAGAAAACAGACCCUGGCGGAGUCUGAUAAGAAUAGCGAAGCGGCGGGGCGGAAGUAGUUCCCGCCUACUGCCCGGCGGGCCGCGCAGCCAUGCGGGCUGUAUAUCAUGUUGGGUCUGAAAAUCGGGAGACCCCAAAAUCCC